AUGUCUCGCCACUCCUUCGGUCGCAACUCCCAAGUCUCCAAUCCUAAUGUUUUCGCCGACGAAUACUCGUUAGAACCGAUUGAUGCGGAUCGCAUCGAACGCCCUCACAGCCCCUCUUCCAUCGCCUCGUCUGCCACUCUACGCGAGAAUAAUCAACCGCCAAAGACUGUCAGCACGGCCACAACCGAGAAUGAGAACCCAUUCGGGGAUGACGCUCGGCUGUCCUUUGAUGAACCUCAUCGGUCAAGCCUGCCCCAAAAGGGGUGGGGAUUCUCCAACAACCGUAACUCUACCGCCUCUAUAAACACGACACCCUCCAUGAUCCAACGAAACCAGAGUGUUUCUUCUCGCUUCUCGAUCCCCCGUGCCCUCAGCCCCUACAGCGGAGCUACCGGACCUAGCCAUCCUUAUGGGAUGUAUCCUCAGGUCGGUGUCAGUCGGUCGCCCAGUGCCGGCAGUACAUCGACUAUACGCCCGGUCGAACGGCCGAUUGAACAGUCUACCGGUCCUCAACACCCAUACGCGAUGUACUCACAGAAUGUGGUCGAGGAAGGAAUUGAUGAUUCGCCCAUUCCGGUUGGAUUCCCAGGUCACAACCCACCAUAUCAGCCGCCCGCUGGUCGACAGGAUGAUGAUGUAGGUGAUAUUAUUGGACCGGACGGACACACCGAGCCACUGCCGCCCUAUUCACGCUACCCAACGGGUGUCGUUCCCAAGCCCCCAGGGGCUGAGACGAUGGCCGACCUCAACACUCCGCCGGAAGAACAUCGUCUCAACAAUGGAGCCCUUCACAGUAAUGAAGCGGCGAGAGAGCCACCAGUUUCGGAAACGUCAUCAAGGGCCUUGGUACCAGAACAGUCCGGGGAUGGUAACAACGGUCGCAACGGAGGAGAAAGAGCCGCGGGGACUACCGGUAUCAUGGCCUUCGAGGAAAAGUUGAAACGCAAAGGGAAGCAGACAGCAUGCUGUGGUCUUCCUGUAUGGACCUUGGUCCUCAUCGCGACGGUGCUGCUGAUCGGAGGAUGCAUUGGGGGUGUCAUUGGUGGAGUUCUGGGAACCAAGAGAGCCGCGGAAGCCAGCAAAGCCGAUGAAGAAUCUCAGAAGUCCCAUGGUCCACCCAUCGUUACAGUCACUGCGACUCCUCAGAUGGAUGCAUCCAUGAUUUCUACUCCAACCAACAUCAAGAGUGUCCCUACCGGCCACUUUAUGGUCCCGUCAGGCUUCCAGAACGGUUCAGGGAUGUGUGUGGAUGAGAAUCAUUACGGCAAAGCUUGGAAAUGUCUGCAAUCGCCGAAUGAAUUUGAAGUUUUCGUCGGUGAAUCCAAGGGCCACCACUCCAUUGUGUUCGACUACGGCGCCCCGACUACGACUUUCACCUACGGUGCUCAAGCACCCUAUUGGUCUUCCUCCCCCACACAAGCAUUGAGCAUGGCUGUUGAUACCACUGAUAUUGGCAUGGGCCCGGCUCUCUUUUUCGUGUCUUCGUUCGACAAAUUGGUAAUUGCUCCAGAGGAUACAUUCUCUCUCAGUUCUAUUAACAAGCGAACGUGGGUCGAUGAUGGUUGGGCACAGGCAGAGGCCUACAAGAACCUCAAGAAGACUGCCCAGGUUGGAGACAAACCGUGGUUCUGCUGGUGGAACAACACGAGGAUGGAAUUCUUUAUGUAUGUCAAUCAAUCGAUUGCAGACUCAGCAUCGAGCACCACAACUGCUUCAACCGAUAGCAACAUGGCCGCAAGCACGGCGGGCGCGCAGCAGGGGUCGAAACGCGAUUCUACUCUUUCUGACUACCCCCGGAGGAUCAAAAUGGAAGAACGCCGAGAUGACCCAGCACGUGAAAAUCCCUAUUGUCAGCAGAUGCAGAUUCGCAGUGAUGGUGGCCUGGCUCUUCUCUCAGGGAUGAUUGUCAAUAUCAAGGAGAACGAGCCUACGCCGACGACAACCUACACUAGUUACAAUGGUGGCACUGUCCAGACAUACACGGCUCAGGCAUCAUACGUUAGCCCAUGCUACUGUAUAUCUUUGACCGAUUGA